UUCAAAUUAGAAUGUAGUUGUUGUAAUAUAUGAUAUUAUCGUAUUCAAAAUUAUAGUCCUAUUAACUACAACUAGAAAUGUCUGAAAAUAGUGCAAAAAGUACCCAAGUGCAAGGUAAACCAAAACCAAAGAGGUCCAAAUUCGGACUAUGCCCUUGGCUUUGUAAUCUGUUACCUUCAAACGUGCCCGAACCUGGUGCAGUACAAGGGAUUCUACAUCCCAGGAAAGAUGUCUUUGUACUGAAGGUGGCGAAAAUAGGAGCUACUGGUGACCGACGAUGUAAAAUGGAGCUCGAACUUGUUACUCCCAAAGGCCCGGAGAAGAAUGCACCUUCUCGAAUUGAUACUAGAGAAACCCAAUGUGACCCCGAUCCUCAACCUUGUUGUUGCAUGAAAAACAAGAGAAAUAAAAAAUAAACAUGUCGUGAUAGUAAUAACCAAUUCUGUAUAAUAAUGGUGUUAAUCAAAAAUAAAA